CGACGAGCAGCGGAGGGGCGCAGAGCGGGCUACGGUCUGCAGUUUUGAACGUACAUAACUCCACGCGUGUGUUAGUUUGUGAUUCCGGUUGAAAAUGAACGUAAUUUGCAUUCUGAACAUCACGUUUUUUAUCGCUGGACUAACAGUGCAUUUGAGCGAUGGAGCAAAGGUUUACGGCAAAAAUACAAGAGCUAAUCUAAAAUCAGCUCUAAACGAGACAAAAAGAGCAAGCAACUCGACAAGCAGGGCUGACAGAAGCUAUCUCAACCCUUACUUUUUGGCGUCUGAACCGUCUGGUUGUGAUCUGACACCAAAUUACUGCGAUUUGCACUGCUGUUCUGAUAAGGACUGCAGUGCAAGUCAAAAAGCGGCUUUCCAAUGCGUCACUGAGACAGAAUUCAAUGCAAAAUCGAACUUUUGGAGCUGCAAGGAAAAGUCAAACCUGUCAUCAUGGCACGCCUUUAUUUGCUAUGUUACCGACAACUCGCCUUAUUUGGGCCGCCACUUUCUUACACCCCCAGAUCAUGUGACCGACUACGCAAAGUUUUCAAAGUUGGCUGAAAAUGUGUACCAGUUUCCAAGUGACAGCAAAGUGGACCUAGAGUCAAACCAUCUGAUUUACCAAUUUGGAUCAAGAUUGACGCUUUUACCUAACAAUCACUCGGAAGAGUUUCUUUCCAUGCCAGACAAAAUUCCCGGAACUAAUUUUUGCUCUCGCGACAAGCCUAUCCGCUAUUUGAAAAAUAGAAGAACGUACUGCCUACGCCACUUGACUGCAAAAUCAUGUGAGGAGCAUCCAGUUUCAAUUGAAAAGUUUCUGGAUAAGACUUUGAGCAAAACUGUAAGCAGCCUGGAAGGGAUGAUUUCGACGGUCAACUUUUUGUGUAUGAACAAAACUUCUGCAAGAAGAUUUAUGCGCAUAAUGAAGCGGGAUUCGCGAGAGCUUGGAUAUUUUCUAAAUUAUGACUGGCGAGGGGAAUUCACAAACUGUUCUGAGACACAGUUCUUGAGCUCAUUUUUCGAUCCAAGAACCAAAAUUUGCUACAAUUCCUUGCUUGGAGUUGAUUACACAAUUUUCUGGAAUGGAACGAACAUCACCAGCGUAGAAACUACUUUUCGCCUUGCUGAUAUUGAUGUUUUGGAGUGGAGGAUCAAAACUUCUCCCAAGUUCUAUUUGAGUCAGCAGUUCAGUGUUUCGUUUCAACACGCUGAAAACACGUCUAGUGUUUCAAAUGAGACGAACAGCAAUUUCACUGAAUUUGCCGAAAUUGCUGCUGGCGUUCGCUCAGGAAAUCCAGGAUACCAAGAUGGAAACAAUUUGAUCGUUGGCAACUUGUUUAACAGCACACACGAAAGCGGAAACGAGACAUUUGAAUGGGAGAAUGGAUUUCUCAACCUCUUCAUAUCCGGCCCUGAUGGGAAUUGCGCCAAUGUUGUGCCAGCCAGCUUUGGCUAUGACACUAUCACCUCUUGCAAAUAUAAAUUGCAAAAAGAAGAAAUCAACAACUGUACUCUGCUCAGUGAAUCGAUGGCAGACUUCGUCAGCUCACUUAUAUCUGGCGAGCAUGCGGGCAAACGGGGAGACCUGAAAUUCGAGUCUAUGGCGGACGUGGUGCCCAUUUUGUGGUCUGGAGUGGAUGAUAACUCUAGUGAGCAGGUCGGUGGGUGCGUCGUUGCGUCUGGCAUAUCCAUUAAAGUGCUUUUCUCAGAACAUCUCUUGGCGUCAGGUGUAAAAUUGAGCAGACUCGUCGGUCUCCGCAUCGAAAAUUUCUGUUGCUUUGUAGCCCUUUGGCAAUCAACUUGUCUAUGCCAGCGCCGUCGGCACUUUUUGUUUCCUCUUCGCUCAAGUUUCUCAGAGUCAACUCAUUUACUGAGAGGUCAAAGUUUUGGCUGCGCAUGAUGGAGCAUUCAGAGAACUCUUGGCUUGAGAUGCUUGAUCCUCUCCUCGCAGUUUUCAACAAUGAAGAUAACAUGCAUGAAAUGAUUAUUUUCUGGAGUGUUAGUAUUGCUUCUGCCAUACUAAUUUACGGCAGUACAAAG